AUGGGCUUCACUCUUCCUAAUCUCAGUUACUUUGGCAUUUCAGGAAAUCGAUUCACUGGUACCAUUCCUUUUUCAGUGUCCAAUAUGUCAAAUCUGGCAUUUCUUUUCAUUGAUGGAAACAAACUCAUUGGAAAAGUGCCUACGUUUGAAAAUUUACAUGACCUUUGUCAUAUAGACAUCUCUGGUAAUAGCUUGGGAAGUGGAAAUGCCAAUGACCUCAGUUUCAUCUCAUCUUUGAGGAAUGCAAGUGGUUUACAAGAACUGGGUCUGAGUAAUAACAAUUUUGGAGGGGUAUUGCCUGACUCUUUUGGAAACCUUUCAACUAAGCUUGUAGGACUCAACAAUCAAUUCACAAGUAACAUUCCCCAUGAUAUUGCCAAGCUUGCAAAACUUCAAAGAUUGGAUUUAUCCCUUAAACGAUUCUCAGGUGAAAUUCCUUCAUUCCUCAGAAAUUUAAGUAUAUUAACAGAACUCCGCCUAGACAACAACAAUUAUUAUGGUAGUAUCCCGUCUAGUUUGGGAAAAUGCCAAAUGUUGAACGCUUUGAAUAUCUCUCGAAACAGCCUUAGUGGCAUAAUACCUCCACAAGUUUUUGGCAUCUCAUCCUUAGCAUUGUAUUUAGACUUGUCUCACAACCAAUUGAUUGGUUCCCUUCCUAUGAAAAUUGGAAAUCUGAAAAAUCUUGGUGAAUUGAUUGUUGCCAAGAACAUAUUAUCUGGUGAGAUUCCGAGCCCACUUGGUAGCUGUGUUAGAUUAGAAAAAAUUUACAUGGAAGGAAACUUCUUUCAAGGGAUCAUUCCUUCAUCUUUAAUUUCUUUGAGGGGUGAUGAUACCAAGAAAAACUCUAAGUAUGAACUCAGGCGAGGAGCUCAG